AUGCCGCAAAGUGGACUCCUAAUUUCGCUUUUCCUCCUCAUCUCAACCCACUCCGUGCUCGUUUCCCUCUUUUCAACAAAACAAGCCGUUCCCUCCAAUUCCACCCGCUGUCACUCGUUCCAUUUCCUCCCCUCCCCCCCAAGUCUCUCCCUCUUCCAUUGCCUUGCCUUGCCUUGUUACUCAUCUUCCCAAUCUCGCCAAGGUCUCCUCCUCUUUUUCCCUUGUUCAUUUACCCUCUCCUUUCAAUGUCAUUUACUCGGUGAUAUCCUCUUUUUUUGCCAGCAAAAGAGAACAACGUGA